GCGCUCGCUGCUCGUGCCGGCCUUCCAAUCGCUAAGGGGCCCACUCACGGCUGCUGUGCGCCCGCGGAAUGACGACGGUGCCUGCGGGGCCUCGUGAUGCCAUCCCAAAGCCUCACGCAGCAUGUCGUCUCCGCUCUCGGCGCUUCUAUCUGGACGCUGCCGCGCCGCCAUGGAGCAGGCGUUACGCAUUUGCUACGCCAAUCUUGCACCGACGAUAGCCUCCUUUGAUAGAUACUGUAUCUACCGGUAGCUCCCGCGCCGUGCAUGGGUCCGUGACAAGUUUUGUGCUGGCUCCACUGCCCUCCUUUCGCGCCCCCAUUGCUCUCGCACUGCUCCUCUGUGCACCGCGUGAACGACCAUGGACAUCAAGGGCAAGCAGCCGUCCACCUGGGACCAGUAUGACGGCGUGCGCGGCUCCUCGGUGGGCUCGCAGGGCAGUCGCGUUCAGUGGGAUGAACUCGAGCGCCGCCCCAGCGAGCAGAGCGCCUCCAACACGGGCGCCUCGACAGCCAACAACGGCACGAUGCGACGAAGAAGAUCCUCCGUCUCGCAGCAACUGCACGCGCUGGGCGACGCCGGCGGCGUGAACAGCAUCAACAACUUCGCCCGCUCGUGGUCCCGUGCCGCGGGCUUCUUCGAGAUCACCCCGGUGCGCCCGAGCUUCCGCGUCGAGAGCGACGACGACGACGAGACGCCCACCGCCGAGUUCCCGCGCACCGGCUUCGUCCCCAGCACCCUCGCCGAACACCGCUCGGCCCUGCGCCAGGCGCUGCAGACCGGCGGCCGGCGCACGUCUGAUCAGGCUGUCACAGACGUGGAUGAAGAGACUGGCGCCAACGAGCACACACGGCUUUUGCCACGGGACUCGCAGCAGCGGCUGCGCGCGCGCGGGGACAGCAUCUUCAACAUCGAGCCUUCGCUCUCCUCGCCCUUCGGUGGCAGCUAUGGCACCGGCUACGGCAGUCUGUCGUCGCGCGUCAACGAGCCCUCGAUGCGCCAUGCCGGCCGCCUGUUCGCCGAGCAGCAGAUGAAGGGCGUGCAGGAGCCCGAGCAGGAGCGCGAGCCGCUGUUGGUCAAGCAGGUCGAGGAAGACGGGCAGAUUAUCAACGUUGUAGUUGGGCAAUCCACGCUUCCGCAGACCAUCUUCAACUCGGUCAACGUUCUAGUCGGUGUGGGGCUGCUAACGCUGCCCCUAGCUCUCAAAUACUCCGGCUGGGUGAUCGGCAUCAUCUUCCUCACUUGGUCUGCCGUGGUCACCGCCUACACGGCCAAGCUGCUCGCCAAAUGUCUGGAUGUCGACAGCUCCCUCAUUACCUUUGCCGACCUGGCAUACGUCUCGUUCGGCAACAAGGCCCGUAUUGCUGUCAGCAUUCUCUUCUCUCUCGAGCUGCUGGCAGCAUGUGUCGCUCUUGUCGUGCUCUUCGCUGACAGCAUGAACGCUCUAAUCUCUGGCUACGGGGUCAUGACAUGGAAGAUCGUGUGUGGUGUCGUCUUGAUCCCUCUCAGCUUCCUGCCGCUGCGUCUACUGUCGUUCACAUCCAUCUUGGGGGUCAUGUCUUGCUUUGGCAUCACAAUCGCUGUGUGGAUGGACGGUCUCAUCAAGGCUGACGCGCCUGGAUCUAUUCGCCAACCCAUGACCCAAUACCUAUUCCCCGAGAACUGGAUGACGAUCCCCCUCUCGUUCGGCCUGCUCAUGUCUCCGUGGGGCGGACACUCCGUGUUCCCCAACAUCUACCGCGACAUGAGGCAUCCGUACAAGUACCGCCGCGGCGUCGACAUCACCUACAUCUUCACCUUCAUCAUCGAUGUCGGCAUGGCCUGUGCCGGCAUCCUCAUGUUCGGCGACGGCGUCAGCGAAGAAAUCACAAACAACAUCUUCCGAACCGCCGGCUACCCCGCCGGCCUGUCCGUGUUCAUCGCCAUCUGCAUCGCCAUCAUCCCGCUGACCAAGGUGCCGCUGAACUCACGCCCUAUCGUCGCCACCCUCGAAGUCCUCUUCGGCCUCGACGCCCGCUCCAUGGCGCUCUCCUCCUCGCUGAACGGCAUGUCGGGCCUCAACCGCGGCCUCUUCAAAGUCACCCUGCGCAUCGUGACCAUCAUCGUCUUCGUCGUCAUCGCCAUCCUGUUCCCGUCCUUCGACCGCAUCAUGACGCUGCUCGGCAGCGUCGCGUGCUUCUCCAUCUGCAUCAUCCUGCCCGUCGCGUUCCACCUGAAGCUGUUCGGCAAGGACAUUGGGCCCGGCGAGAAGGCGCUGAACUGGGCGUUGAUUGUCUUCAGCAGCAUCCUGGCCGUCAUUAGCACCGGGUUUGCACUGCUUCCCAAGGAGCUUAUUGGCGCCUGAGGCGUGUUUUUUUUUGUUGGCCCCUUGCCCUGCAGCGGCGGGGGCUGUGUUGGUUAUGUCUGUUUGUAAUGUAUGUGUGGGGCAUCUGGAGUGUAUAUGUAGCAUGAGGGAGCAUUGCAUUUGACGGCCUCGACUAAAUCGAGUAACGAGGCGUCUGUUUUAAGAUUGUAUAAAAGCAUGCAUGUCUUCACUAUGUUCACGAGUGAUUCAGUGGGCUUCGGGCAUUGGAAUGUGCUGCUUUCGCUGGACGGUGAGACAUCAGGUGUUAAUGUGGACAGGUGCUUGCUUUAGCAAUGAGUCUGAUUACCAACUUCAGACAUCACUCACGUAGCCACAAUCUUGCAUCCACCUCACCUUCUCUGGUAACGUGAGAAAUCACAUGUUCAGCGCACGCGUCGUCACGGAAGUCCGCUCCGCAAGCUUGGCUGCCCAGCUGGAUAACACGGUACGCGGUGUGGAGACGCAGGUAUGGCA